AUGCUCAACACGUGCCCUGUCACCCCAUACGAGGACGUUCGGCUCGUCAUCCAAUCAGAGCUCGGCAAACCUCCAGAGGAGAUCUUCUCCUCCUUCGACCCUGUGCCUGUGGCGAGCGCAUCACUGGCCCAAGUGCAUCGAGGAAAGCUGAAAUCAGGGGAGGACGUGGCAGUCAAGGUGCAGCACGCACAUCUGCUUGACACGGCAGCAGCAGACAUGGUCUCAGUCCGCCUUGUCAUCUCCGCACUGUAUUGGUUCUUCCCGAGCCUAGACUACAGGUGGCUGAUCACAGAGGUGGAGGAGAGCUUACCCAAGGAGCUAGAUUUCGCCCUCGAAGCAUCCAACGGUCGGCAUUGCAUGGCCAACUUUCGAUCCUCGCCGUCCAAGCUCCUGAGGGAGUCCGUGGCAGUGCCGAGAAGCUUCCUGGAACUUACCGGGCAGCGGGUGCUGACAAUGGAGUGGAUGGAGGGCGUGCCUCUGACUGACGUGGCAAGGCUCAAGGACAUGGGGAUCAACCCUGCUGACGUGGCAAAACUGAUCAGCACAGCUUUCGCUGAGAUGAUAUUCCGGCAUGGCUUUGUGCAUUGCGACCCGCACGCGGCAAAUGUGCUCGUGUGGCCCAAGAGAGGAGGGCGGCGAAUGCCUGGUGGCUAUGUGGAGCCGGAAGUGGUGUUGCUCGAUCACGGGCUAUACCGGCAACUCCCUGACUCCCUCCGCCUCAACUACGCACACCUCUGGAAGGCUCUAGUCCUGGCCGACGCGCGCGGCAUCAUGCAGUACAGCAUUGCUCUGGGCGCCGGCGCGGACCUUUACGCUAUCUUUGCUGCGACGCUCACUCUGCGAUCGUGGGAGAACAUUGUCGAGGCGUCUUCUGAUCACCUGUUUAUCCCGGACACGGCGGAAGAGAAGAAGCAUCUGCAGAAAUCAGCAGCGGCUUAUUUCAACGACAUAACGCGCCUCCUAGCACGCUUGCCGCGUGUGCUUCUGCUGCUGCUCAAGACCAACGACUGCCUUCGGUCUUUGGAUACUGCCCUG